AUGGAAGAGGUCGAUCGUAUUCUCAUUCAAAGUCUGCAGGCUCUUGGCUGUCACAUUGAGGACACCGUUCAAAAUUUACACGAGUUUGACGUGAACACGUUAUUUUGUUGUGUAUCAAAAUGUGUCUCAUUAAUCACUAGUAAAACUGAUCUUCCUCUGCGUUUACCACAAAAUAUUUCGACAAGAUUUAAAAUAUGUGGUGAAUUAGCACAACUUUGUCAGUCAAUCGGAUAUAGAGGAGAUAUUGGCUAUCAAACAUUUUUGAGUGUCAAUGAAAAUGAAGCAAGAAAAUUAUUGAAUUUCUUGAUCGAAAGUGUUCCAAAAGAAAUAUCGAUUGUUGCAAGUACUUCUACGACAUUGGACCCAUGGGAAAUCUUAGAAAAAAAAUUAUCGGCAAAAUUAACAGUUCAGUUAACAAAUCAGACCUGGAUUCCUUAUAAUUUAGUGGGUUUUUCAGAUGUUACCUUCAGUCAUUCAGCAGCAGCAUUUGCUCAUAGACUUGGUUUCACACCGUCGAAACAAUACAAUGUAGUUCCAUUACAUGUUCCAACUUAUAAGAAAAUCAGGCCAGGAGAUGAACUUUUAUCAUCAUCUCAAUCAUAUGCGUUUGAACAAGUCAAUUUUCAAGAUUUAGCCGAUUCGUUAUUUUAUGAAAAUCAAGUCGCAUGUUGGCUUGAAAGACGAAAAGAAUCGAAUUAUUUGAUUCCUGGUCGAUCACUUACAAAUAAAGUAUCUGAUGUUAUACUGGAAAAAAUUCAAACAAUGGAAAAAAAUGAUAUGGAGAGUGAAAACCGAAAUAUGUUAAUUAAUAAUAAUUUGUGUAACGAUAAUAGUGGUUUAGUAUCAAGGUCACGUUUUAUGCAUGCUGAUAAAAUAAAACAAGAAGAAAACAAAGAAACGAACCAGAUUAGUGGACCAGUUCUGCCAACAAAGCUUGUCGAUCAUACGGAAGAAAUUGAUUCAUUGAAGUCGGCAAUAAGCGAAAAUGAUAACAUUAUUAGUCAAAUUGAAUUACAACUGAAAAAAUUACUUAAAGAUACAAAUAAGUAUGAACAAUUUAAAAUCACAACCAAAGCUGAUAUUGAAAAUUUGAAUAAAGAAAUUGCGUUAAAGAAACAAGCAACUGAGUACAUCUUAUCAAUUGAUCCAGAAACAGAACGAUUGCAGAAUGCGAUUGAAAAAUUGAAAGUUAAAUUAACGAUAUUGGAUUCUCAAUGGAAUGAUAUUAGACAAACAUUAGCAGAUCAAAAAGAUUCUCUUAACAAGUCAUUAAAUGAUCGUCUUUCACAAUCAAAUGAAAAACUUCAAUUAAUUAACGAUAUGAAACAGAAGGGUCGUUCACUUAUAAAUGAUAUUAAAGAUAAAGAUGAAGUAUUACAACGUUUGAAUGGCGAAUAUGAACAACAGAAAACAAAAUUAAACAAUAAACGAGAUAAUAAUCGACAAUUUUUCACUAAACAAAUAUUAGAAAUCGUUGCCAAUACAACAAAACAAAAAGAAGAAAUAAAUAAAACGAUUAUUGAAACUCGAGUAUUACAAAAAGAUUUAAAUCGUUUAACAGAAAAAUUAGAACGAACAUUUCAAGUAACAGAUACACGAUUAUUUAAAGAUGCGAAGGCGGACGAAUGUGCUCGUCGAUCGUACAAAAUGUUGAUAGCGUUACAUAAUGAUUGUGAUUUUAUUUAUAAAAUUGUUGAAGAAAUUGGAGUAAUUAUUCGUGAAAUACGUGAAUUAGAAGAUCAAAUUGAAGGUGAAACACAAAAAAAUAUGUCAACAAAUUUAGAAACAUUGUUAAUAGAAUAUAAGAAAAUUAAAGAUGAAAAUUUAGCGUUAAAAUCAAAAUUCUCAAAUUCGAAACAGUGA